GCACCGCAGAGGAUCUGGUCUCGCCCAAUCUGCCUGGCCCGAGGCGGAUCGGCCUUGCUGUAUGCCCAACUUUGUCGUCGAGAUCACGUUGGGCAUCAUUGAAAACAGUUACAUCAUCCACAGAAGGACCGACGAUCGCGGCUUGUUUGUCGCCUGUCCGCCAAGCUUGUAUUCGCGCGCGACGCCUGCUUGUGCCAAGGAGUACCCUGACAGCGGAGAGACAUACUGUGAGCGUACGAUCUACAGCAUCUACCAGGUUCCGCUCGAUGAGGGCCACCAGAACAGCUAGUCGAAUGCAGACAUGAUG